AUGGCGCGCCUCCACUCUUCUUGCAUCUCAGUGCCGACGCAUAGUACCACUCACCAUCGUGCUGCAUCCCCUGCAGCGCUGCUGCCAUCCGCCUCCAUUCUGUCGCCACCUGCGAGAGAGGAGAAUGCUACUGGUGUUGCGGACUCCCACGCUGAUGAAGGAUGCAGCAACGACACUACGACUCCACAGAUGGUGAAUGCGGUGAGCCCAUUCGUAAGAAGUGACAAGAUGAAGAAGAUUGCCUCGGACACCAGCAGCUCCACUGGCUCCAAUCACUCCCACCCCCGCACUACCGUACAGAGGAACCGAGCACCCACGAUGAACACACGUCCACGCCCUGGGGCAGUGGCACCUAGGAAAGGCCGCAGCACACGGGCUACCACUGCCGCUGCCGCACAGAUCACUGCUUCCGAAGAGAACAAUCUGCACAACAGCAACCUUUUUAUUUGCAACCUGGACACGAAGGUGAGCCAGGUGGAGCUCGAGACGGCGUUUGCCGAGCAUGGCACGAUCUUGAGCUCCGCCGUGAUGCGUGACAUCCACACAGGAGAAAGCCUCGGCACCGCAUUUGUGCGUAUGAGCUCGCACGAUGAGGCCCGACGCACGAUGAAGGCGAUGAACGGUGUUCACGUCGGCUCACGUUCCAUUUCUGUUCAAUGGGCGAGGCGCAGUGAGGGCGCGCCGGUUGGCGAAGCGCGCAAGAAGAUUAUGAAGCUGUUUGUGCGCAACAUCCCGCUGGACUGCACGAAGGUCGAUUUGGAAGAGCUGUUUGGGGUGUACGGCGGUGUGCGCCAGGUGACGCUGCACAAGGAUACGUCACCGGUGCAGGAUGAGACGAUGAUGCGACUAAUCGCGUUUGUGAUUUACACCGAGGAGGGCGCGGCGGAGCGGGCGGCGCGGGAGGUGCACAACACGAAGCCGUUCGCGUCGUGCCAUGGCAUCCCCAUCAUGGUGAAGCUAGCAGAGGAUCUGGUGAAGCACUACCGCGAGCACAACCACCAACACCAGCAGCAGCAGAGCGAGUUGAACCAUACCGUUUCGUCUGCCAAGCGACGACUUCGGGGCAGCAGCAGGCCGCGAAACACCAGGGCUCGCACUACGAGUGAGAGCCCUGGUCCCAAACAGAUUAUCAGAAGUGGUAACACCUGCAUCAGCCCGAGCAGCCGCGUUUUUCAGUCAUGCGGCACCGAUGCAUCAAUGACGGAUAUGUGUAUGACCGAAGAGGUCUCGCUCUUCAGAAAUUACGCCAAACUCACACCACCGCAGUGCAACGUUCCGCCUGUGAAAGCACCACUGCCCCCUCAACACACGAUAAGCUGUGUGAGGGCUAUGCCGGCGCCGGCUGCAGCCUCGGUCUUGCCUCUGAACCUUCUUCAGUUUCCGGCGACAACACCGUUUCUUAUUGGCGGAAGCAUGCCAGUGGUCGGCACUCUGGAAUGCGAAGGAGCGACGGCGGCGCCGAUCGUGGAGGACUCACAGUGGCCCUCGUUCAUUGACUUCUCUGGCCGCCAGGCGCAGGGGAGUUUUUUCUCCAGCGGCUCGGCACUGCAGGUGUCGCAGCUCGCGCCGCCUAAGGAGCAGCAGUUUCGCCAACUGCAGGUUCCUCAAUUCAGCCAGAUUCCCAUCACUGCACCAGUGGUACCCAGAUUCUAUCACUUGCUGGUAGAUCACACGAUGCCGGAGCUGCCAUACGCAGGUGCUGCUGCGGCGAUUCCAACCCGUCACCCCACAACGCUUCCGACCCUGGGCCACUUCAUGAAGAUCUCAAAGGCCACCGUGUCCUCGGGCCCAGGGGAGGUGUGUGCCCUGCAGGUCGUCGAGGCGACCUCAACAACGCCUCCGGCCUCGCUGCACUCAGGGCAGAGCGUUGCAAUGGCAUCGCCCAAGUCGCCGCAGACUUACCGCCACAACCCCUACAUAAACUGCAGCUUCAUUCGCGUGGGGUGA